CUUCACAAAACACAGACAGACAGCAAAAAAGCAAUCUGGCAACCCUGGUAACGGCACAGAAACAACAGUUUGGACAUUUGCGACAGCAGCAUAUUUGAGGUCCAAAACAAAGUCUCGUACUGUCCAGAUAAAAUUAGGAAAGAACCGCACAAACUGGAAGUCUUCCUCAUCCUCAUCCUCAGCUUGUGCAGAUGCAGUUCCACGGCUGUUGUAGACCAAAGUGCUGCUGAGAAGAACAGCCAGACAGAAGAUCCAGGCAUCAUUUUUAGAGUCACCCUAAAACAUAACAAAGGGUUAAGAUGUCCCAAGUCAUGAGUGAGCCAGUGUGUCUCAUCAGCACUGAUGCAGCUGGGCAAAUGUGGGUUACAAAGGAAGCUAAAGAUAUUCUGGAUGAGAUAACUCAGCCAGUGGUUGUGAUUUCUAUAGUUGGGCUCUACAGAACAGGAAAGUCUUACCUAAUGAACCGUCUAGCAGGACAACAAACAGGCUUUGCUCUGGGCAGCACCAUCGAAUCAAAAACUAAAGGUAUCUGGAUGUGGUGCAUAGAGCACCCCUGUAUAGAUGAUCACACACUGGUGCUGCUGGACACUGAGGGACUGGGGGAUAUUGAGAAGGGUGAUAAAAAGCAUGACACCUGGAUCUUCUGCCUGGCUGUUCUGCUCAGCAGCACUCUAGUCUACAACAGCCUGGGGGUUAUAGACAACACAGCACUUAAAAAUCUUCACUAUGUGACAAAACUGACUGAGAAUAUCAGAAUAAAAGCACAGCUGGGCAGCGAUGAUGACAACUCAGCAGAGUUCAUGCGAGUUUUUCCAUCUUUCAUCUGGAGUGUACGAGACUUUACACUAGAGCUAGAGAGAGAUGGCCAGUCGAUCACAGCUGACGAAUACUUGGAGGGUGCAUUGGUGCUUAAACCAGGUAAGAAAGAACAUGUGUUAUGUUUUGCAUAAGUUACACCAGUCACUAUACACUACACACAGGUACAAUGACAUUUUGAAUGAUUUACAUUCUAAAAAAUAAAAUAAAAAAAUAAAAUAAAUAAUUAAAAAUUUUUAUUAAAAUUAAAAGAAUUAAUUUUUAUUGUCCUGAAUCGUUUGCCUGAGGGUAGUAGCUGGAACAAUGUAGCAAUUCGUAGUGGUAAGGUUCUCUGUCUGGAGAAUGCAGUGGAGGCUCUGACUCAGAUCCAGAAUAAGCAGGCAUUAGAUCAAGCACUGCAGAUCUACCGGGAACAGGUCUCCAUGUCAGUCUGCUUUCCAUUAGACCCGCUCGAGCUAUCAGACAUCCACAAAGAAGCAGAGAAAAAGGCCAUUGAUGCCUUCAUCAGCAUUUCCUUUAAUGACUGUGAGCAGAAGGCACAGAUGGAACUCAUGAAACAGAUUCAGAAUGAAUAUGAGGACUUGUGUGAUCAGAAUAAGAAGCAGUCUGCUGUGUGUAAAUUGAUACUUAAACAUGUGUUCACUUCACUGGAUGGGGAUCUGAAUGGCAGCUUCUUUAUGCAUCCUGGAGGAUACCUAGAGUACAAACACAUACUGCAGUACCUUACAAGGCAGUACCUUACAAGGCAGUACAGAGCACAAACACACAAUAAGCUAAUGAGUGAGGAGGUGUUGAGUGAGUAUAUGAAGGAACAGGAGAAGUUUGAGAGGAGUAUUCUGUUAGCUGAUCAACGUCUUUCUGGAGCAGAGAAGAGGGAGGAAGAGAGGUGUUUGCAGAAUGUGGCUCUACAACAACAGAGAGCUUUGGAGAAAAUAAAUUAUCUGCAAGAGCAGAUGCUUCGUGAUCAAGAGAGGACAUACAAGGAACACUUAAACGAGACACUGCAGCGCAUGGAGAGAGAAAUGAACAGAUCAAAGGAGGAUAAUGAACGAGUCCUGGAGGCCAAACUAAAAGAACAACAGGCUCUUCUGGAACAAGGUUUUCGGCAACGUGCUGAUCAGAUGAAUAAUGAAGCUUACCUGACCCUGCCUUUUUCUGCAUGCACAUAUACACAAAUAUUUCAGCUUCUAGGAUGUCAAGUAAAGUUCAUCUGCAGUCUGAUUUUCUGUGAUGAUUUAAAAUGUAAGUUGCUGAAUGAGUUUAGUUUAAAUGUAGCUUAGUUUAAUGUCGUUGCCAUGGUUUCUUUAUUAUUUUACAGAUGGUAUAGCUGUUACAUGAAUGUUAUGUAAAC